GACCAGCCUUCCCUCCCGCAACGCUGAACUCCGCAGCCUGGGCGCAGGGCCGCCAGUUCCUAGAAAUCUUGCGACGCUGUCCAGGAUUUGGAGUUAGUAUCCCCCAAGGACCCUUAAGCCCGGCCCAGCCAUGGCGGCCCCCCGCCCGCCUCCCGCGAUCUCCGUCUCGGUGUCGGCGCCGGCCUUUUACGCCCCGCAGAAGAAGUUCGGCCCGGUGGUGGCCCCCAAGCCCAAAGUGAAUCCUUUCCGGCCCGGGGACAGCGAGCCGACCCCGGCCGCGGGGGCCCAGCGUGCACAGAUGGGUCGGGUGGGCGAGAUCCCCCCGCCGCCCCUGGAAGAGUUCCCCUUACCUCCACCGCCCGUCCUUGCGGAGGGCGACGAUGUGGAGGGCGCCCUGGGAGGCGCCUUCCCACCGCCCCCUCCCCCGAUCGAGGAGCCGUUCCCUCCCGCGCCUCUGGAGGAGGACAUCUUCCCGUCCCCGCCGCCUCCGCUGGAAGAGGAAGGUGGGCCCGAGGCGCCCCUACCGCUCCCACCGCAGCCCAGGGAGAAGGUGAGCAGUAUUGAUUUGGAGAUCGACUCUCUGUCCUCGCUGUUGGAUGACAUGACAAGAAAUGACCCCUUCAAAGCCCGGGUGUCCUCUGGAUAUGUGCCACCCCCAGUCACCACGCCGGUCAUUGCCAAGUCCAGUACCAAGCCUGCCACUGGGGUUACUGUGCCCCUGCCUCCUUGGAAGUCCCCUUCUAGCUCACAGCCUCCGGCUCAGAGCCACACCCAGAGCCCUGUGCCACCCCAGUCCCAGGCCAAGCCCCAGCCUAAGCCCCAGCUCCAGCCCCAGCCCCAGCCCGUGUCUUUGGCGAAUGUCCAGGCCCGAGGUCCCCCAGCCCCGGCUCCAGCCCCGAAGUUCUCUCCAGUGACUCCCAAGUUUACUCCGGUGGCUUCCAAGUUCAGCCCUGGAGCCCCAGGUGGGCCCAGCUCACAGCCCAUUCAGAAGUCAGGGCCCCCUGAAGUUCCCUCUUCCACGGGCACAGGUGCCCCUCAGCCCGCCAGCUUCACCUACGCCCAGCAGAGGGAGAAGCCCCGGGUGCAGGAGAAGCAGCACCCAGUGCCCCCGCCGCCAGCUCAAAACCAAAACCAAAACCAGGUGCGCCCCCCUGGGGCGCCCGGACCUCUGACUCUGAAGGAGGUGGAGGAGCUGGAGCAGCUCACUCAGCAGCUGAUGCAGGACAUGGAGCACCCUCAGAGGCAGACCGUGGCCCCCAACGAGUUCUGCGGCAGCUGCCAGCAGCCCCUGGCACGGGCACAGCCGGCCGUGCGUGCCCUGGGCCAGCUGUUUCACAUCGGCUGCUUCACCUGCCACCAGUGUCAGCGGCAGCUCCAGGGGCAGCAGUUCUACAGCCUGGAGGGAGCGCCCUACUGUGAGGGCUGCUACACCGACACGCUGGAGAAGUGCAACACCUGCGGGCAGCCCAUCACGGAGCGCAUGCUGCGGGCCACGGGCAAGGCCUAUCACCCGCAGUGCUUCACCUGUGUGGUGUGCGCCUGCCCCCUGGAAGGCACCUCCUUCAUCGUGGACCAGGACAACAAGCCCCACUGCGUCCCCGACUACCACAAGCAGUAUGCCCCCAGGUGCUCUGUCUGCUCAGAGCCCAUCAUGCCUGAGCCUGGCCGCGAGGAGGACUGCGGGAAGCCGCUGUCCAUCGAGGCGGAUGACAAUGGCUGCUUCCCGCUGGACGGCCACGUGCUGUGCCGGAAGUGCCAUGGCGCCCGGGCCCAGGCCUGAGCGGGGGCGGCCCCUCCGCACAGCGCUCCUGCCUGCUAGCGGCCACCCACUCUGCUCUCCACCUGUCCCGCGCCCCCCGUUAUUUUUGAACGUCCAGCCCCUCCCUUCCUCCAUUCCGAACCCCACCCCGGGCUCCUCAGGGACCGGUGAGGGAGGCAGAGGUCCUGCCUGCUUCCCGGCCCCCACCGCCCUGCAGAGACCACCCACCGUCCUCCAGGCGUCCACCUGAGGGGGCCGCUGCUGUCACUGCUGCACCUCUGUUCUCGCUGGCCCCCAGCAGUCUGGAGCUCUGCUUGUGGAGGGCGGGAGACAGCCCUGACCCUCUGGGCGGUGGGCAGGGCUGGGCUGACCUGCCACAAGCUCCCACCUGCCCCGAGCUGCCAGGUGUGGCUAAUGCUACCAAUAAAAAACCUCAUUUU